UCCGGUGGCAAGGAGGCUCUGUUCAGAAGCGUGAGUGCUCCGGUUGUGUGGAGAGAUGGCGAAAGAGGAUAGUGUAUCAAUAGAGAGAGAUUCUGACGAUGGAGUACAACUCAAGAGAAGGAUCACCCUUUUCAAUGGUGUCGCAAUUAUUGUUGGUUCAAUCGUGGGAUCAGGAAUUUUUGUGACUCCAAAAGGUGUUUUGGAAAGCGCAGGGUCGGUGGGCUUGUCCCUGGUGGUAUGGACAGGGUGUGGUUUCUUGUCAUUAGUUGGAGCGGUAUGUUAUGCUGAAUUGGGGACCACCAUCACUCGAUCAGGUGGUGACUAUAUCUACAUCCUCGAGGCGUUUGGUCCAUGUAUGGCCUUUCUUCAGCUGUGGGGUAACUUAAUUAUAAUCCGUCCCACUGCUCAAGCUGUUGUUGCCCUCACAUUUGCCAACUAUGUCCUUCAACCUAUUUUCCCUUACUGCGAGUCUCCAGUCAUGGCUAAGAAGCUGUUUGCUGCGCUGUGCAUCAGUAUAUUGACCUUUGUGAACUUGAUCAGUGUGAGAGCAGCAACAAGAAUCCAAGAUCUCUUCACCAUCGCUAAAAUCCUCGCCCUCAUCAUCAUCACCAUCACAGGCUUCGUUCUCAUUGGACAAGGGGAAGUGGAAUAUUUCCAAGAUGCAUUUCAGAAUACAAAUACAGAUGUUGGACAGAUAUCUCUGGCCUUCUAUUCUGGCUUGUUUGCUUAUGCUGGAUGGAACUUUUUGAACUUUGUUACAGAAGAAAUGAUUGAUCCUUUCAAGAACCUGCCGCGAGCCAUCUACAUCUCCAUUCCUAUUGUCACUCUUGUUUAUGUGUUUGCCAAUGUUGCUUAUUUAACUAUCAUCUCCCCAUCAGAAAUGCUGGCAUCGGAGGCAGUGGCUGUCACCUUUGGUGAUAAGGUGUUUGGAGUUAUGAACUGGAUUGUACCCGUGUUUGUAUCUCUCUCCACAUUUGGAGGUGUCAAUGGCCUGCUCUUCACUUCUGGAAGAUUGUUUUUUGUUGGAGCCAGAGAAGGACAUCUUCCAGAAUUUUUCUCCAUGAUUCAUACCAAGAAAUACACUCCCCUCCCAGCUAUGUUGUUCACAGGAGGAAUGUCCUUGGUCUACCUGAUAUCUGAUGACAUUUUUAUUCUCAUCAACUAUAUGAGUUUUGUCCAGUGGUGGUCAGUCGGAAUGUCCAUUCUGGCCCUUAUCUACUUAAGGGUGACAAAGCCAGAGUUGGAGAGGCCUAUCAAAUUCCCACUGAUCAUCCCCAUUUUCUUCCUCUUAUGUGUGUUAUUUUUACUGGUUCUCCCACUGACAGUGGAACCAGAAUCAACAGGGAUGGCACUAGUCAUGAUUCUGGUGGGGUUACCAGUUUAUGUGAUCUUUGUCAAAUGGACAAAGAAACCUAAGUCCUGGAGACAAUUCUUUGCCAAGCUUACCAUAUUGGGACAGAAAGUGUGCAGUGUUGUUCCCGAGAAGGAGUCGUGAUUCCAC